CGCAACCAUGCAAUUAGGGAAAGAGAGAUGGAAUAAAAAAGUAUGAAAAACAGAAAGGAAAAGAAAGACAGCAAUGUUAAGCUGAGGUCCCUGUGGAGAGAGAGCCUAAUGGGUAAUACUAAACUACUCUAAUUCCAUGCGUCUCUGUCUACUACAGCUAGUUGAACCCAGAUAGGAGCAGCACCUGACUCGACUGAAGCUUGAACUUAUAAACCCACUGCAGUCAUGCUACUCCCCAUCCUUGUCCGUGAGUCCCUAUGCUGCUCAAAGAACUCUGUCUUACUGACAUCCUCAAACAUACAGACCUGUAUCAGGGGUCUUCAGGGCGAGGGAGCCAGGGGCUUCCACAGCUAUGCCCAGUGGUUCCUCUGUAGGAGGGUCCCCUCACGCCUCAACACCCAAAUACGGGGGGUCAAGAGUCGUAAGAGCCAGACCAAGCAGCAGGAGGAUGAGUGGAGGAAGAGGAACAAGACGGUGCUGACGUAUAUCGUUGCUGCAGGGGUGGGGAUGAUCGGCAUGUCCUACGCUGCUGUACCCCUCUACAGACUCUACUGCCAGGCGUCCGGUCUGGGUGGGACGGCGGUGGCAGGUCACGAUGCAGAGCAGGUGGAGACAAUGACGCCGGUGAUGGACCGCAUCAUCAAGAUCACCUUCAACGCUGACACACACGCCAGCAUGCAGUGGAACUUCCGGCCGCAGCAGUCUGAGAUAUACGUGGUUCCAGGAGAGACUGCCCUGGCCUUCUACAGAGCCAAGAACCCCACAGACAAACCUGUUAUUGGGAUCUCCACCUACAACGUAGUGCCCUUUGAGGCUGGACAGUACUUCAACAAGAUACAGUGUUUCUGUUUUGAGGAGCAGCGGUUGAACCCUAAAGAGGAAGUGGACAUGCCCGUGUUCUUUUACAUCGACCCUGAGUUUGACGAGGACCCGCGUAUGGCCCGUGUCGACACCAUCACCCUCUCAUACACCUUCUUCGAGGCCAAGGAGGGACAGAAACUACCCCUCCCCGGAUAUAGUCCGAUUUCCCUACACAGCUGAAGAUUGGCCACAUACUAUUUACUGUUCUCCUCAGAGCUGCUGAGUUAGGCCAAUAUAUACAGGCAUUCAAUCCAUAGAUUGGAUUUAGUGCUGAGACACAUUUCGUCACUACAGGAUGUUACAGAAAAUGUUAAGGUGUGUGUAUUAGAGACAGAUGAUUGCUGUAAUAUCAGUCAUCCAUCCCUGAAUCAGAGAAUGCAAAGAUAAUAUACAAAAAUGAUCAUGUACAGAGAAGGGGUUAUGUAAAAAUGUUGUCCAUGUGAUGAAUAGUUAACUUAUCAAGUGUCUUUAAGACUGUACAGUGUUCUUCAAUCAAAUAAAUUAAGAUUUGAGCUUUGA